AUGGAUGUGCACCACGUGAUGCGGUUAGCAGACGACAUUCUGCAUGACCCACUUCGCUCCAAGCUCAAAGGACUCUUCACCGGGGUUUCGGAAACCACGUUCCUGCCUCGGUCUGGUGAGAGACACGUUUGUGCCGGUGACAUUGUCCAAUCUGGUGAUAGCUGGCUUGACAUUGCAGCCCUUCAGUUCAUCCCAGGAACUGGAUUUGCAUGCUGCCAUGACGCGGACCACAUCAUCAAAGUACACUUGGAAAGCCCCGCCAAGAGGUCCAUCAGGCUUUCGGUUGGCGUGCAAGUCCUUUGUGCAGGAGUUUUGACCCGUCAAUGCCCUGGAAAAGAAAUUUGGCUGGAAGAUGCAACGAUAUCAUUCCGACCGGAAUUUGUCAAAGAAAUGGAAUGGACCACGCUCCAUCUAUAUGCUGGUGCAUUCUCGGGCUGGAGCCAAGCUAUGCAUUGGCUUCAUGAUACCCAGGAAUUUGUGCUCAAUGGCCAGGAGAUCUUCAUCGAUGUUGAUGACAUGGUUAUGCAAGUAUGGUCAUUGAAAAACCACGCUGCAGUUCUCUCCACCCCGAUUGCCUUUGAUGUCGCUUGGGGAGCCAUCAUUGGCCAAUCCUGCUUCCAAGGACCGUUGGACUUGAUCAACCAAAUUGCACUCGUCAAUGUUGAAGCCAAAGCUAAUAUGCAGUUCCCAAUCCAGACACUUGCUGGACUUGCAAGGGAUUGGGACAUUUUCGUAGGACAUUGUAAGCUUGGGAUCUGUCAUCUCGAUGUGAUUGCUUCCGCACCUGCCACUGAGGUCAUUGAGAUUUCACCUACGCUACCCUUCGAACCAGAGGACCAAGUGGCAGCUUGCCUUGAGGACGGGCCCGAGUGGCUCUCCUUUGUCAACAGUGAUUUCUUCCGAGUGGUGCAGGCUGUCAUCGAAACACUGCAAGAUGACAACACCACCAGGAGGACCUCCAUCACGAUUAUUCAGCAAGCAUCCAAUCAGUGGACCUCUGUCAAGUGUUCAGGGUGUGAUGCUCAGCAUUGUAUUGAAAAGUGUUCGGCGAUCCAGGACUACCACACAUCUGUACUGGCUCAUGGGAGAGGCACUAUUAUUGCUUUGCUGCAACAUGAACAGUUGGCAAACCGGAUGCCUCUCAUUGUUGUCGACAUUGAUCAAGAUCCUCCGCUUGCGACUAUCAUCCAGGUCAAGCAAUCUGCCACAGUUGAUUGUCCUGUCUGGGUUGAUGAAGAAGAGAAGUUUAUCCAGUCGGUGAAUGGCCAGUCCACAUCUCAGCGCGCAGCUCUACAUGCAGGAGACUUCAUCUCGUGCCAUUCAAGGCCCAAAAUUUUUGCUGGUGGACACCAUGCGAACCUGACGAAUCCUCCAUCAUUGCCUGCUGGCUCCACGUUGACGGCAAGGUUGGAGUUCAUGUCCAACACGCAUGGAUGGAUGGCCUCCGAUGAGAUGUACUUUUACACACAAGAUUUAAUGUGGAUGCAACAGGAGGCUGAGCAAAGUCCUCACAAUGAUAGGGCCGAUGCGGCCGAUGCAGCUGAUACGAAGGCAGUCAGCGCACAGAGCACUUGGACAAAGCCCCAAGCUCCUCAUGCAGAGCCUCAAGUGCCCGAAGUGGGCUUUCAGAAAUUCAUGGAUGCAAGCCGCCGGAGGACUCUGAGCAGAUCAAAUGCAGAUGCAAAGAAUGCAGAUGGGGGCUGUCUCACGAGGACCUGGAUUGAGAUGGCGGAAGCUCGCCGAACUCUGGGCCAAGCAGAGCAGUCUGAUUCUGAUUCGAGGCCUGGGGUGUCACACGGCCUUUGCACUCCUGAGAAGGUUGCCUGGGAAGCGAUGAAACGUGCCUUGGAGUCAUCCCCGUCUCCCAGGAAGUGCCGGAAGAUGGAUCGAGAGAGUGUCGGCAGCUCAAGAAGCACAACAGAUACCGAGGCAUCAAGCUCUGUGGAGAAGCCGAAUUCGCGAGCUCGCGCGGAGUGGGGAUGCCUAGAUCUUGGGAAGGCCGCAUCCAGAGCCAAGCCCAGCCAGACAGGCCGCAAGCUGCCCUCAGGCUUCUCACGGCUAUCGAGAGUGGCAUUGGGCUUGGUCCUAGGGCUGGCUUGUGCCGCCUGGAUGCUGAGGGGCGAGAAGGACAUCGAGGGUGUGACCAAUUCUUCAUUGCCUCAACAGAAGUACUCCGGUCUCAAUGGUGCCACGGGCCCCAUGCCUCCAGUGCCCAAGAAGGCCAACGAACACAAUGGAAUCGAGUGGCCAGAGAUGACGCUCGGCGGCGACCAAACCAUGACGUUCUUUAUUGUGGGCGAUUGGGGUGGAAUGGACGGUGCGAUCAUCCCGCCCAAUGGUGCAACAAGGAUGGUCCAGUACAAUGGUGGCAAGGAGGUAGGUCCACAUGUAUUUGCUCAUCGGCCCAGCGGGUGCAACGAUCAGCAGAUGUCUAUUUGCUUCAAUGCUCGCGGGGGGGUUGGCUGCCCAGUGACCUGCGGGUACAAUGAUUCAGUGGACUAUGAGCCGGCGCUGUUGGUGGCGAAUCAAAUGAAGAAACGUGCAAAGACGUCCCAUCCCCAAUUUGUUCUCAAUGUAGGUGACAACUUCUACUGGGGAGGUAUUCCACUGAUGUGUGGUGCCAACCCUUUGGCUGGGAUCCACUACAUCACCGGACACAUGUUUGACACCAUUUACAAUCAGAUCUACAACACUCCAGAGCUCAACAUCGCUUGGUUGAGCGUUCUGGGGAACCAUGACUAUGGUGGCUGGAUGUUUUCCGCAUCAUGGGACCAACAGAUUGCCUACACCUGGCACAAUCCAAAGUGGCGACUACCCGCACAGUACUGGAUGCAACACGUGAAUUUUGUUGACAAAGGCUUCGACAUGGACAUCCUCUUGCUGGAUUCCAACAAUGAGGAUGCUGCACCUUCAAACUUGCGACAGAACACGAACCUGUGCAGCGCAGCACACAACCCGCCCGGCGCCAACUGUGCAGCAGUCGGAGGCCCUGACUCCAUUGAUAGUUGCCCCCUAUACUUUGCGAACCUGUGGUUGGAGCAACAGCAUUGGACUUACAGGAAGCUCAACGCAUCAAAAGCAACAUGGCAGGUGCUCGUGACACACUUUCCUUGUGGACAUCAGGACUGGUGGUACAAGAAGUUGCACAAGGAAUUCGGCUUAGACCUGGUGGUCACUGGUCACACGCACAUACAGCUGACCCAUCCAAUGGGAGGCCUGAUGUGCGUGAUCUCAGGGGGUGGGGGUGGCAUCCUAUCUGAAGUGGCAAGCCAUGGAGAUGACAGCAACAGUUAUGGAUUCUAUGAGGCGACAAUCACGAGGGACGAAAUCAAGCUGGAAUUGAUAAACUUUGCAGGCAGAAGUCUCGGCACUUGGAAAGUGCACCAUGGCAAGGGUGCCCCCAGCCAUCAUGAGGAGAUCCAUUCCAAGAAGAUGAGCAAACCAAAACGUAUGGAGCAUUCGAAAGAUGCCUCGUCUUCGGAGCAUUCGAAGGAGGAUCAGGAUGAGCACACGACGACAAAACCUCUGAAGAUCAAAAAGCCGAUAGCAGAACCCGCCAGGGCAGAGGAGUCCAAAUCGACACUUCAAGACCAGCUGAAGGCCAAGAUUAAGGAGCUUAUCGUUGAGAAGGAAAAGGAGAAGGAAGAACAGGAGGAAGAGAAGAAGGAGGAGGAGGAGAAAGAUGAGGAAAAAGAGGAAAAGGAGGAGAAGGAGGAUGAGGAGAAAGAGGAAGCGAAGGGCACCGCCACAAAAGAAAGCGAAUUCUUUGGAAAGAUGAGUCCGGAACAGAAGAGGAAGUGUGGCUUGUGGUGCAAGCUCCUGCAUCGACGCUUGUCAAAGCUGGUCAAAGAUCCCGUAUCCGUGUGA